AUGGCCGCGGCGGGCAAGUCCAAGGAGGCGGACGCGGCGCGGUGCAGGAGGCACCCGAGCCACCGGCACGCGGCCGGCGUCUGCCCCUUCUGCCUCAGCGACCGCCUCUCGCGCCUCUCCGCCGCCGCGUCUGCCGCCGCCUCCGAGCCGUCGUCGGCGUCCUCGUCCGGGGCGGCGAGCGUCGCGUCGGCCCAGACGGCGCCGCCCUGCCGCGAGGCGCGCCGGGCGAGGCUGGGGAUGCUGAUGCGGCAGGACGUGCCGGAGGCGGCCGCGGGCGGUCACCACGGCAAGAAGGAGGUUGGGACUGCGCCAGCCGAGGAGAAGAAGCCGGCGAAGAGGGGCAACUUCUGGACCCGGCUGCAGCAGGCGAGCUGGUACAGGAGGGACGGCUGCUCGGUGGCGUCCGUGAAGAAGGGCGCCGCCGCCGCGCCGCCGCACAAGCGGGCGGCGUCGCUGUUCUGA